AUGGAGAGGACUUCUGUAACCCUUUCAAGGGAUCUUGGAAUGGAUGAUAUGGAAUGUAAUAGCUUGCCCAAUGAUAUGUUAGACGUUGGCGCGUUAGGUCCUGUCGAGUUAACGCUUGGCGGUAAAAAUCUUUCAGCGCAUCUCGUGUUAAAUUCUUUUCGAGAAUCGGAUUGCUCCGUAGCCGAUCGGAUGUUAGGCUGUUCACACUCGGAGAAUCGUAGCACAGUGCAGAACAGUCUAUCGUACCUGAACUGCGAGAUACUUGGGGUAGAAAACAGAGAUGCAGGUAUGAGAAAUUGUUGUGGCGUCACUGCGGCAGGACGUACCCUGAAAUCGAACGAAAAGUAUUUAAAGGAAAUAGUGGCAGUGAUAAUGCAGCAGGACUGCGCUUUGCUCAGCCCUGUCGUCUCGUUCCCGCUUCUCGCUUUUUGCCGGUCUCUGGGUCGCCCUCUCGCUCCUUUCUUUGGAGCAGCUCCAGUCUUUUUUUUUCUUGUUGAGGCGUUCUAUUUCUCAGCCAUCCCUUCUUUUAUCCCUUCCUCCUAA